AUGGCUAAGAGACAGGCGACCGAGCAAAUCACGCGAGAAGCGUUCCACGACGAUGUUUCGGAUGAUAAUGAAGAGCGGCCAAAGCAAGCCACAUCUCAGAUAUUAGCUCAAAGAAAGAUCCUAAAACCAAGAGGUAAAUUAGGGGAAGGUACUGGCAGUGCAAAAAAGUCAGUUUUUCAAGCACCACUGGGCGACACCUUCCAGUUCAACCCACCAGCUUCAAACACUGUUUUUCCAAUUGCACGUCCGAAAGCCGAUGAUGAAGCAAACAAGAUUAGGGCUUUGAAUAUCAAUUUCGUCAACAAAAUCAACGAAUCGAAUAAAGCAAGCGCCAUCGCUGACCUUACUCCCAUAGCUGAAAAGUAUAUCAAGUACUACAAGGAAAUCAAGAAUGGUACUAUGCCAAAUGUGGCAACUGUCAGUGCAGCUCAGUCAGAGAAUAUCCGGGAAGACCAAUCAAGCAGUGAUGAUGAGGCAAAUGAAACAGAAAGCAAAAAGGAGGUCAAAAUUGAAGGACCAAAGUUUAGUUUUAACCCCAAACCUACAUCAUCAUCAUCGUCUCCAUUCACAUUUGAUCCCAAGAAGAUUGCAAAAUUGAAUGAAAAAGAUUCGGAUGACUCCGAUGAUGAUGUACCCAUUCAAGGACCAACAUUUAAAUUUGAUAAACCUAUACAGGAUAAUAUAUUCAAAUUGAAAGGCGCUUCCAGCACAGAUAAAGAAGUUGCCUCUAAUAACACAGAUAAGACGAAUUCGGGAGUAUCGACUCAACCACUAUCACAAACUACAUUCGGGGCAGGCCCUCAAUCGACCCCGUCGAUUUUUAGCUCGGCCUCUAAUUCUGCAUUUAAUAUUGGAGCAAAUCUGAAAGAAACAGGUGAAAAAGAGAUUGCCAAACCAGCAGAUGCAAACUCUCUUUCCAACCCAACAAACACGCCUGGGCUAUUCAAGUUUGGAUCUACUGGACCAGCUUUUGGUGCAAGCUCCUCUGAGAAACCAUCUACUAUUUUCAGCUUUGGUGCAAAGACUGAGCAAACUGCACUGGGAGCAAAUGCAUCCAAUCCUGUAUUCCCUUCUUUUGGAGAAAAACCAGCUGGAUCGACAUCAUGUAUUCCAGCUUUCAAUUUUGGAGCAAAGCUGGCGACUACAGGUCCACUGGCUGGAUCAGAGAAAUCUUCUAGCUCUGAAGGAGCCACCACUUUGGGACUAUUUGGAACCAAGCCCACAGAAAGUGCAACGACAAAGUCAUUUCAAUUUGGUGGGAGCACAUCUUUUGGAGGAGCCAAAGCAUCCAGUACACCAUUCACGAGCAAUGCAUUCAACCAAAACGCAACCGACAAACCCGCUGCUUCCGAAUCAAGCAAAAGCGGAUUUGUAUUUGGACAAAAGCCUGAAGCCUCUUCCGGUCAGUCGCCCGCUAACGCUUUUGGAAAUGCUACCACAAACAUUUCUGCUCCCUCUGGUAACCCAUUUGGUGGGCUAGGGUCCACUUUCCAGUGGGGCAAACAAAGCGCGCCUGAUAAAGAGGAAGACAAACGAGACGAUGAUAAGGUUGAGGAACACGAAGUGGAGGGCAAUUUUAUUCCCGUAGCUCAAAUGAAUGAUAAAAAGGAAGUACAAUCUGGUGAAGAAAAUGAAGAGGCCAAAUUCACAAUUCGAGCCAAAUUGAUGGAAUUUGAUGCAUCAAACACCACCAAUCCAUACGUAAAUAAAGGCUUGGGAGAAUUGAAAGUGUUGCGAAAUGAGGAAACUUCAAAGUCUAGAGUAGUCAUAAGAGCAGACGGCAGUCUCCGUGUACUUUUGAAUACGUUAUUGUCCAAAGAUGUUUCUUACAGUUCAAUGGGCAAUGGAUCAUUGGUUCGUAUACCCGUUUUCAGCGGUGAGAAUAAAAUUGAGACGUACGUGGUCAAAGUAAAGACUGCCGAUGACGGCAAAGAGCUUUUAAAGACCAUUGAGGAUUUGAAGUCUUAA